GGUGUCACCCGAAAUUGGCCUUCCGACCAAUUAUAGGGCUAGAAGCUUUUUAACACGAAAUUUGUAUUUUUGUGUGACUUCAGUCCGUUCGGCCAGUGGUUUUUAUCUUGUAAGGACGGCAGAAUGAUGGAUGCGUUGGCAGUGGUAACCCAAUUGCGGGAUCUCGCUUCCGAGCCCCAGAACCGAGAGGCUAUAGUGCAGGACCAGGGUUGUCUUCCCGGUCUCGUCCUGUUUUUAGACCAUAAAGAUUCCAAUGUCGUCCUCGCCACUCUUCAGACUCUACGCUAUCUAGCAGAAUGGCCAUCAAAUGUCAGCACCAUGAAGAAUGAGCUGGGCAUGAUGGUGAGCCUGGAAACCCUGAUGGAGAAAGGGGGGUUAACGGAUGACAUAACUGUCCUGGCCAAAGAUGUGUACGAUGUUCUGAGCUCUCCAGUCAACACCGAAACAUUCAAAACUCCAGCACAGCAGCAGAGGAAAAACAAAUCUCAGUUCUUCAUCAACAGCUCCAACAAGAAGGCCAAAACAGUCACCCUACACAUUGAGGGGCUUGAGGGAAUGGACCGGCGUGGGAUGUGUGAGGAGGCCUUACUGAAGGUCAAAGGGGUCAUCAGCUUCACAUUCCAAAUGACACUGAAGAGGUGCACCGUACGCAUCCGCUCUGACCUUUCCACUGAGAGUCUGGCCACUGCUAUUGCAGCGACUCAAAUCCUGCAGGCACAGCAGGUGGUGAAGAAUGAAACUGGGGAGGAGGUCUUGAUCCCUCUCAGCACUUCCACCACAGCCAUCCAAGAGAACUCCAAGCUGCCCGACUACCUACCCGAGGACGAGAGCCCAGAGAAAGACCUGGGCAAAGCCGUGUCGCGGGCCGGGGCCAAAGAGGACGGAGGCGGGAGCUGGCUCAACAGCGCCGCCACUUUCCUCACCCGAUCGUUCUACUGGUAAAGAGUCACGGUGAAGGGUCACAGCGCAUAUUAACAUGUGGGUGACAGAGCCACCUCUGAGCUACUCACAGCGCUUCAGGUUCAACAUCAACCUGCACACUGCUCUUACACUCAAUGUGAGAAGGGGAUGGCGUUGGCGAUGGCAGCCAAGUCAGUGCUUUAUUCAACACUUCAACAGAUUCAUGUUCUUCAUCUGGGCCAACACCUGCUACAUCUCCGGCCAAGAUCCUGGGUCAUUAUGGAGAUGGCUUAGCCAAGCUAGUGCCUCAUUCAACACUGGUAUAAUAAGUUAUCCUACAACAUUACAGUAUCUGCAGUAUCUUCUACAGGGAUUCAUCAGAUCUUUACCAGGGUUUAUUAGUUAUUAAUCAUCAAAUUGGCCACGCAUCCUCAUGAACUGUUAGUAGCCUGAUGUACACUGGAAAAUGCCAAACCAUGUGUAGGGUCAGUGUUCAAGUUAAUGUUAGUUUGCAGAGUGCUUCUCAGACAUUUAGAAUGUUUGUGGGUGCUGGUGCAUCCACUGACUAAUUUACAAAAGUGGUUGCUCCUCACUUUGUACUUCUACAUAGCUCUUUGUUUUCCAUGUUCGUGUUUUGUUCAGUAUGUCUGUUUGUACUAUUUUCUGUCCUUUAAACUGUUUCCUUGCUGUAACUGUUGAAGUUUUCUUGACUGCCUUGUAUGCACACACACAUGUAAGUGCAUUUUACUGUGUAAAAACCACUUGAAUUUAGAUAUCUUCAGGAACAGUGUGUUUGUGCUGUACGUUUUCUUGGAUGUUCUUGUACACAUGAAAGCUGUUUUCUUGGACAAUAAUUGCAUGUGCACUGUGGUUAAAUACACAGGGGAAAUUAUCCAUGUAAAAAUGAGCUUAGUGCUACACUUGGUGUAAUGCUUGACUGAAACAUAAGCCCACAUUGUUUUAUGUCCAGUAAAUGGAUGGGCAAUAAAGCUGGAUUUGCAUACA